UCAGUUGACACAAACAAAUCGUAAUAAUUGUACCGAAAACUAUCUUAUUAGAAUUGCAGAAAUAUUGAAAAACGUUAUUUAACUUCGAACCAAAUUUCUGAUAACAUAUUAAAAUAACUGUCUCAAUGAAACAUGAAAUAAGUUUCUUUUAGUUCGUUUAGGCGGGGAUAAUUUCAAAUCAGACAUUUUGCCUAAUAGAAAUGUCAGUAGGACUUAACGUUUUUUGUAUUAAGUGGUACUUUUUUGUUUGAAGGUUUUUGUGUUCGUUUUAUAGUCCGUAAAUAUUUUGAACUUGGAUUUUCCUAAAAUUGUAACCAACUUACGAGAUAUACAAUAAGCAAAAUGGAGGACGAAGAAUAUAAGAAACUACCUAUAGAAGAUCGAUGUGUUCAUAAGUUAUGGAAAGCUAGAGUAAACGGUUACGAAGAAGUCACUAAAUUAUUCAAACAAAUUGAUGAUGAAAAAUCUCCAGAAUUUGGAAAAUAUUUAGGGUUAGUUAAGAAGUUUGUGAUAGACACCAAUGCCAUGGGACAGGAGAAAGGCUUAGAAGCCACACUUGCUUAUGUUGAAAAUUAUGCUCAUGCUGGUAAGACAGUUUCUGAAGUAAUGUCUGGGAUUGUUACUAAGUGUAUGGCAGCUCCGAAAGCAAAAACUAGGGAAUUAGCUUUGCAAAUUACUCUUAUGUAUAUUGAAAUUGAAAGACAAGAAGCAGUGCUGGAGGAAUUAUUGAAAGGAAUGGAAUUGAAGAAUCCAAAAAUUGUUGCUGCCUGUGUUGUUGCUUCUACAACGGCACUCAAAGAGUUUGGAAUAAAAAUAAUCACUCCUAAGCCUUUGGUAAAGAAACUUCCAGCUCUCUUUGCUGAUAGAGAUAAAACAGUAAGAGAUGAGGCAAGGCAAUUGGCAAUUGAAAUGUAUAGAUGGAUGGGACCUGCUUUAAGACCACAACUUUCAACCCUUCAACCUCUUCAAAUUACUGAAUUGGAAGCAGAGUUUUCCAAAAUUGAAGGCCAAAAGGUCCAGCCUACAAGAUAUAUUAAAUCUCAACAACAAAAACAAGCCAAAAUCAAAGCAGAGGCAGAAGCUGCAGAAGAUUGUGAAGAAGAAGACGAGGAAGAAGAUGCUCCUCAAAUCGAUUCUUAUGACCUUGCCGAUCCAGUGGAUAUUUUGUCUAAGCUCCCAAAAGAUUUUUAUGAAAAAUUGGAAGCAAAAAAAUGGCAAGAGAGGAAGGAAUCUUUAGAGUUAUUGGAGAAUCUCUUGAAAACUCCAAAAUUGGAAAAUGGAGAAUAUGGUGACCUUGUUAGGGCUCUUAAAAAGAUAAUCCAAAAAGACAGCAAUGUGAUAUGUGUGGCUCUAGCAGCAAAAUGUUAUGCCUCAUUAGCUUCUAGUUUGAAGAAGAGGUUUCAAACUUAUGCUGGAGCAGUGAUACCAGCUUUGCUAGAGAAAUUCAAAGAGAAAAAGCAAAAUGUGCUCAUAGCCAAUAGGGAAGCAAUUGAUGCCAUAUAUUUAACGACUUCAUUGGAAGCUAUUUUAGAAGACACUCUUGAAGCAUUGAAUAAUAAAAAUCCGAGUGUUAAAUCAGAAACAGCACUCUUUUUAGCUAGAUCUCUUACUAAAACUCAACCGCAAGCACUGAAUAAAAAAUUAUUGAAAGCCAUUACCAGUGCCCUUGAAAAGAACGUAAAUCAAUCAGAUCCUACAGUGAGGGAUUCUUCAUAUGAGGCAUUGGGUACUCUAAUGAAACUUGUUGGGGAGAAAGCCAUUGGACCGUUUCUUGGUGAAUUGGAAAAGGAUAAUUUGAAAAUGACGAAAAUUAAAGAAUUCUGUGAGAAGGUGGUUAUCUCAGUUAAGGUAUCCGCUCCAAAGAAGGAAAAAGCUCCUGUAACAAUUAAAACUAAAGAAACUAAAAGUGAACAAUCAAAACCAGCUACCAGUUCUAAAACCGUCAAGAAGGGCGCGGAGAAUGCGAAGAAAAAACCUCAAAUCUCCUCUGGUUCAGCUACUAUAGUUAAAAGUAAAGGUGCCAAAGGUUUGAGUAGUAAAAUUAACAAUAAACCUAUAGAAAGAGAAUUGAGUGAUGAAGAAGUUGAUUCAUUGAUUGCCGACAAAAUCAGUGCCAAUAUUAUAAGUGAUAUUGCAAGUGCAAAUUGGAAGUCAAGACUUGCUGCGGUGGAACAGCUUCAAUCUGAAAUUCAAACACAAGAAUCUAAGGACUUGCCAUGUCAAGCUUUGGUCAAGUUCAUUUCACGCAAACCUGGACUCAAAGAUACGAAUUUUCAAGUAUUAAAAGCUAAACUUGACCUCAUGAAAUAUUUGGUAGAAAACUGCACUUUCAGCGUAACCGUUGCAGAUUGUUGUUUGAAUGAUCUUACCGAGAAGUUUGGGGACCCUAAAAAUGGUAAUACGAUAUCAGUCGUAAUUUCGGCAAUAGCGGAAGCAGCUGGAUUUCCUCAUGUGGCUAACGUAGUACUGGAUUUUGCUGUGACCCAGAAAAGUCCUAAGGUUACAUCGGAAGCUUUUCUCUGGUUAUCUAAUGCCAUAUUAGAAUUUGGAUUCGCAAAUUUGAAUACGAAAGUUCUCAUCGAUCACAGUAAAAAGGCCUUGGCUUCUGCAAAUCCAGCUGUUCGCCAAGCAGCAAUAUCUCUAUUAGGGACCAUGUAUCUUUAUAUUGGACCAUCCCUGAUAGUUUGUUUCGAAAGUGAAAAGGCUACUCUGAGGGAACAGAUUCAAGCUGAAUUUGAUAAACAUGACGGCGAACAGGCUCCAGCACCAUCAAGAGGUAUAAUCAUGGUCAAUUCAGUGGAUCAAUUUAUGAAUAUAAAUUUUUUUUAUUCAGGUGUGACAAAGUCUGAAAGUGUGGCUACUCUAGAUAACCUAGAAGAUGCUGAAGAGGGAGAAGAAGCUCCAGUUGUGAAUAUACAAGAUAUUCUACCUAGGAUAGAUAUCAGUUCUCAAAUAACAGAAACUUUAAUUAAUGAAAUGUCUGAUAAGAAUUGGAAGGUGAGAAAUGAAGCUCUUACAAAAGUGAGCACCAUCAUACAAGAAGCUAAGCUGAUUAAACCGAAUAUUGGAAAUUUACCACAAGCACUAUCAGAGAGGCUUGGCGAUAGCAAUACCAAAAUUGCACAGUUAUCGACGAAUUUAUGUGAAGCAUUAGCCAAGGCUAUGGGUCCUCCCAUUAAGCAGCAUGUUAGAACCUUAUUACCUGGAAUAUUGCAAGGUCUCGGAGAUAACAAAGCUUGGAUGAGAACAGCAGCUUUAGACGCAAUGAAUGCCUUCGCAGAUCAAGGAGGUUACAAAGAAUUCUUCGAAGGUGAAAUGAUCGGUGAUGCCCUCAAAACUGGCUCACCAGUUCUACGUUCCGAAUUGUGGGCUUGGCUUGGGGAUAAGAUGCCUAAAAUACCAUUAAAAACAAUACCAAAGGAUGAACUCACAAUUUGUAUUCCGUAUCUUUAUAAUAAUUUAGAAGAUCGAAAUGCAGAUGUAAGAAAGAAUGCUCAGGAAGCCAUAUUAGGUUUCAUGAUCCAUACAAGUUAUGAAUCUAUGUUGAAACAAACUGAAAAACUGAAGCCUGGAUCCAAGAACGUUAUUGUGGCUCUUCUGGAAAAAGUAAGGCCAAAUUUACCAGUUAAAGCUUUACCUAAAAUGCCCCCACCUGAAAAAGAAGUUAAAAGCGUAAAGGGUACAAAACCCGUUGCAAAUGCCAAAAAUGCAGUUAAACCAAAAAGCGCAAACGUAGCAAGACAGUCUACAGUACCUAGCCGUAAGAAAGAGGACGAUGUUGAUACGUCUCCUUUAUUGGUUGUAAAUAAUAUGAAACAUCAAAGAACUAUCGACGAAUCAAAACUGAAAGUACUGAAGUGGAAUUUCACUACACCUAGAGAAGAAUUUGUUGAAUUGCUCAGAGAACAGAUGACUAAUGCUAAUGUUAAUAGGACCUUGCUAGCCAAUAUGUUCCAUUCCGAUUUUAGAUAUCAUCUGAAAGCCAUUGAAUCUCUGAACGAAGAUCUGGCAGAAAACGGUUUAGCCCUAAUUUCUAAUCUUGACUUGAUACUAAAAUGGUUAACUUUAAGAUUCUUUGAUACAAAUCCUUCAGUGCUAUUGAAAGGUUUAGAUUAUCUGAAUUUAGUAUUUGAGAUGCUAAUCGACAACCAUUAUAGACUUCAGGAGAAUGAAGCUUCAUCAUUCAUACCAUAUUUGAUAGUUAAGAUUGGUGAUCCAAAAGAUGCAGUUCGAAAUAGUGUGAAAGCACUCUUCAGACAAAUUGCAUUUGUUUAUCCAGUUAGUAGGUUAUUUACUUGUAUUAUGGAAGGUUUGAAAUCCAAGAAUGCUAGACAGAGAGCAGAAUGUUUGGAUGUUAUGGGAUCAAUGAUUGAACUGGAUGGUAUAACAAUAUGUGUACCGUCACCAACUGCUUGUCUGAAAGAAGUGGCCAAACAGAUCUCAGAUCGUGAUAAUUCUGUGAGAAACGCUGCUCUGAAUUGUGCUGUACAAGCUUAUUUGAUUGUGGGAGAAAAAAUUUACAAGAUGGUGGGAAAUAUCUCUGAUAAAGACUUGUCAAUGUUAGAAGAACGUAUUAAAAGGGCAAAGAAAAACCCUGUGAAAUCUCCUGUAAAAGCAGAAACAACACAACAGUUUUCAUCCACCAACAAAGUGGUAAACCAGGUUAACACCAAUUUUGAUACCAAUAAUACUUACCAUAAAGAAGCUUAUAGUAAUGGAGAUGAGCAGGAUGAAGAAGACGAAGAAGAGUUGAGUUUGCCACCUGUAACACUACCUCCACAAGUAACACCUAAACCAAAAGAGAUCGAUGGACCUUUUAAACUUGAUGUAGAAUUCAUGAAAGAACUUGAUAAAAUUCAAUUGCCACAACCUAAAGUUCAUUUGGAAGAUAUGGAUUUGAAUUUCCUCAAAGAGGAUGUGAAAGCAACUGACAUUGCUGAUGAUAAAUCUGCAAAAGUUAUGCCCUUAUCACCUCCUAUGCCAAUUACUUCUGAUUAUCAGGUGAUUUCAUGUUUGAAUACUUCUCGUCCAAAAGAAGUUGAGAUUUUAAGUCAGAUGAGCUCAUCUGAUAUGGUUAUAGCAUUAGAGGCUUUUGAACAAAUGCAAAAAUUCUUGAUUUCAAGCCGGAGCAUUUCAAUGAUCGAUCAUGAAGAUGAGUUUAUGAAAGCUGCAAUUAAACAGUUGGAAUAUUUGAGUUCUAAAGAACUAGAUAGCUCCCCACUAGUUCUGAAAACUUAUAGGAGCAUUUUGUCUGUGAUAAAUCAGUUUUAUGUGAACAAAAUUCUUGGAAGGCAUAUAUCAAUUAGUGUUCUUAAAGGAAUAAUUCAUUCUUUCAUACAGUUACUAGUACAAGGAAAAUUAGAAGGAUGUACAGAGGGAGAAACUUACAUAAGGGUUAUUAACUUACAUUGUUGCAAAAUAAUAGAGAGAUCCGAUCAUACUAGGAUCUUCUGUGCCCUGAUCCAGUUGUCCCAAGAUUGUCUGCGCACAGAGGCAUCUCCAAGACAAACAGAACUUGUAAUGAAAUGCUUGUGGCGAAUAAUCAAGCUUAUGCCUCAGUGGGGCAACGAAAUCCAUUUCGAUGAAAUUUUAACUGAUGUAUUAAAUUUUUUCAAAGAGUUUCCCCCAUGUUGGUGGAAAAUGCGACCGUCAGAUACGCUUUUAAGAACCAUCAAAACAGUGGUUCAUUCAAGUGUGAAAAUAAGAGGCAAUGCCAUUUUGCAGGAUUUGGAAAAGGUUCAAGACUACAAGAACUCUGAAGUAGAGUCUUAUAUAUUGAAACAACUGAAGGCUCUCAAACUUGACGAUGGUGAAAAUCAGCCUGUUCAAUCUAUGAAAGUGGAGUCCAGUCCUGCUAAAAGGAAUAAUCUCUCUAAAUCGAUUCAAAAUCAAUUGACGGAAAUAUUUCAAAAAAUUGGAACCAAAGACGAAACGAAGGAAGGAUUGAAUUUACUGUACGAUUUUAUACAAGAACAUCCCGAGGCCGACAUAGAUCCAUUUUUGAAAAAAUGUAGUACAUUUUUUCAGGGUUACAUAAAGAAUGCCUUGAAGGAUAUCAAAGAAGACAGAGAAUCAUCACAAAAUACAAUAGCUAAUAAGGUGGUUGAAAAAGUUCAAGCUAGUAUAUUACCACCACCAGCUUCUGAAGAACCAGGAGACAAAGGCACUGAUUAUUGGAGAGAUAGACUUCACAUGUUUGAAAAAAUGUAUGGAGGAGCGAGCAAAGUAAACGAAUAAAAUAUGAACCCCAUUUUUGUAGAUAACAUAUUAUAACAUUACUAGUUUUAAUGUCUACUAUAAAAGUUUUAAGACAAGGAAUUAAAAUGUUGUUUGUAAAUAGUGAUCCUGAGACUUUGAUUAGUAUUUUAUUCAUUAAUGUGGUACUUAUCCAAACAUUUUUUUUAACUGUUUACUUUCUGAUAAUUAUUAACUUUUGUACUAUUGUUAUUCAUCUUAUUAUUAUUAAUUCGCUAUUUAAUCAAUUUUUAUCACCAUAUAAUAUUUGAAUCUCCGCGUUUAGUGUUACAGGAGGAAGAAAUAAUGUUUUAUAGUUCAUAAUAUAUUAUAUCUCACAUGAUUGAAUGGCUUUCCUUUCAAGCAGUCUUUAUAUGAAAAAAUUAUGUUGAAUUAAAUCUCUAAAGUAAG